AUGGGAUUUACCAAGGUUUUGAUCGCAGGCUCGGCCCUUUUUGCUGCGGCUCUGGCACAAGGCGUGUCUUUCACAGAAUGGCCUACAAGUGUUACGGCAGGGCAGCCAACCACUCUCAAAUGGACUGGUGAUGGAGGUGCUCCUGUCACUUUAACCCUGCGAAAGGGGUCCUCAACGGACCUCGGCGACGUGGAGGUAAUAUCUCCUGACGCCACGAAUGGCGAAUACACCUGGAUACCCAGCACAGACCUUGAAAAUGCAAGCGACUACGCUUUCCAGAUCAGCCAGGGCGACCAGAUCAACUACUCUGGACUGGUCUCACUGGGAGGAGGCAGCGACGCGCCGCCGCCUGUAUCUGCGUCCGCGCCUAGCCCACAGAGUGAUACUGCAGCUGCUACAGCCAGUGGCACCACCGUGGUAUCUGCUGCUGAUAUUACGGCUAAUCAAGUCGACCGGCAAAUGACUACCUCUGCUCCUUCGACUGAUUCUAUACCUGCUUCUGUUUCUGCCUCCACGUCUGAUGCCGCUGCGGCUACUACGGCCACUUCCGGCCCAUCCGCGACGUCUGUGGGAUCCGAGUCGAGCGCGCAAGCGAGCGAGACACUGACGCCGUCUGUUGUUGCCCGACCCUCUCUUAUGAAUACACCGUUUAAUAAUGCCGCAAAUGAGGACUCCUCGGAGACUGCGUCUGCCUCGUCGAGCAUCCAGACUGGCGCUGCUGGUCGGGUCACGGUGCCUGUGGCUGUGGGCUUUGUGUCGGCCGCUCUGAUGUGGUGCUUCCACUAG